UCAGCAUGGCAAUGCUAAAGUUGCAACAUGGCUUUAACAUCCAUAGCGGUGCAGCCAACAUGACCCUUCUCUUUGAGGGACAAGAGAACCAUCUAGUGCCUUCUACUUCUCAGAUUUUGGCAGACAGUGACUUAUUUGUGGUAGCAGGCAGAAUGAUUGGGCAUUCAUUUUUGAGCGAUGGGCCACGAUUGCAUGGCCUCAGCAAGGCUAUUAUUCACAUGUUGGUCCAUGCUGAUAGAGACACUGUCACUGUCCAGCUCGAUGAUGUGCCAGAUCUAGAUAUUCGUUCUACAAUUUGCAUGCUUGAUGGUAAUAAACACCUCACUGAGCAGCAGAAGGAUGACAUUAACAAUUUGGCCAUUUCCUGGGACUUGCCACCCGUCAGUGCAGAAAACCGCAGAUGGCUGUUCCAACAGCUUCUCCAUCAUGCAGUGAUAGGCCGAACUAAAAGGCAGACAAAACACAUCAGAAAAGGUCUGAAGGACACUGGAUUGUUGACUAUGCUUCAACAAAGACCUGACACAGCCUCAGUGGUCUUUCCCCAGCAUGAAGACAGCAUUCUUACUGCACAGGCUGUUCUUAGCCACAUUGUUUGGCCAGGAGAUGAGGGCGAUGAUGAAGACGAUGAUGAUCCACCUUACCCACUAAGCAUCCAAAUGCAAACAGUGGGAUUUCUGAAGACCUACAUUGAAACAGCCACUCCAUUCCAGCUCAGCCAGCUGAUGAGGUUUUGGGUCGGAUGGGAAAUUCCGACUGGUACCAUGAAGGUUGAAGUGGUCAAAGCAGACUACCUCAUAUCCUCUACAUGUUUUGGAACGUUGCAUGUGCCUGGGCACUUCCACGAGUACAAUGUCUUUUCCAAACAUGUUGAUGAUUGCAUUGCAACUUGUGCCACAGGUUUCGGCCUUAUUUAAAAGCAAUUUGUAGACACUGGAUGUCGAAUAAACUUUACCAUGCUUGAAAAAUGUUUUACAUAGCCAAAAGUUUCACUGUUACCUAGGCUUAUUGAUUUUGGGGGAAUAUUGUCAUGCGAGUUUAAAUAUAAAAAUUAAAGUUACAGUUCCCACCAUUAAUAUUUAUAUUUGAAGUUAAGGAAUUAAUGACUGUGUUAUUUAGGGUUGUUUUGUUAACUUAAAGUCAUUGUCAUGCAUCCGAUUCACAUCAUCUCUUUGUUUGAAGCAGUUUCAUGGAUUACAAGAAGUGAAAAAAAGUAGAUUAAUACUAAAGCUGUAUUAAAUGUUACACACAGUCCAAUGCUGUUGAAUAUAAUGUUAAUAAAAAUCUGCCACACUGUCA